AUGAGGAUGUUCAUGUGGCCGCGGCCCACCAUGCCCGACUACCUUGCCAACUACUUCGGGAUGCAGGUUGCCUAUUUCUUCCACUUCUAUGCGACAUUUGCAAAGUGGCUGCUGGCUCCAGCCAUCUGCAGUAUCGCCGUGCUCGGUGCCCGCUACAGUGGGCAACUGGACAACGACCAGAUUCAUGUCGUGAACACGGUCUUCGGCUUGGGCCUGUGCCUUUGGACGACCUGCUUCCUGGCCAGCUACAAGCAGAACCUACAGUUCAAGACCAUGCGUUGGGGCAUGGAAGGUGCCGCUGCAGCUUCAGCCGCAGUCCGAAAGCAAUUCGACGACAGGCUGCGGGGCACCGUGUGGGAGACCCUCGAGCAGGUCUUUCACUGGUUGCUGUGUCUGAUCUUUGUCGCCGAGACUAUCGGGGUCAUUGCAUAUCUCAACACGAGGAGAAGUGAGGCAAUCAAGAACCCAAGCGGAGUUACUUUUGGACUUUCUAAUGCCGUUGCCGUGCCUCUCUUCAAGUACCUCAUCACCAUCAACAUCAAGGUGGUCGAUGCCGUGUGGAUGAAACUGUCCCCGUACCUGAGCAAUAUGGAGAACUGGCGAACGGACGUUGAGCUCAAGUCCGGCAUGGUGCUGAAGCUCUUUGUGGUUAAGUUCGUGAUCUUCUAUUACCCCUUCUUUUACACUCUCUUCAUUCAGCCGUAUGUCGAGGGCUGUGAUGGUGGCGAAAUCCAAGGUUGUUUGGACCAAAUGCGGUCCGACCUUGCCAUGUUCUUCGUGAUCCAGGUGAUCUCCGAGACCGCAGAGCUGCUGAUGAUGCUGGCAAUGACGUACUGGAGCAUUUCCUCAGAGCUCCGCAACAAGAAGAAGAAUGCUUGCUUCGCCGGCGAGAACGGGGCGAAGGGCAGCGACUACUUGAGCUACAUGGAAUAUCAGGUUGCCGAACUUCGAGCCACCGUCGCCCGACUGGCGGCCCAACUGGAGGAGUCCGAGGGCUCUUCUUUUGAUUUGGUCCAGGACCGCAGUGCUGUGCCACCGCUUCCGACUAGGCGGUCUGAUCUCACCUCGAGGGCCUCCGCUUCUCCUUCCACCUACUCCCCGCCCGCCAGGGCGCCUGUGUCAGGCUCGGCCUCGCCUGCCGGAGCCCCGGCAUCUACUCCUUUCAGCCGCGGGGCGGCCUGCCGUGAGAUUGGCCUUUUCCUGCGCCGCUGCCUGGCGGACGACCACCGUGGACCCUCCGGUGAGCCUGACUUGGACGGUGAGCCUGUGGGUGCCCGAGACGCCCUUGCAUCUGGAGACGGGUUCUUGGACGCCUAUUGUCCGCUUGCUCUGCUGAGAUGUGGUGCCGACGAGGGGGACGAAGCUUUCACUGUGCAAGCCAUCGUUGUGCGAGAGCUGGAUGCAAAGCUGGUGCUGGCUGUUCCUGCGUCGGCCUGGCACAAGAAGGUCGCCAAGAGGUCUCUCCCGAAGGGGUUUUUAACCAAGGUUGCUGCUGCGGAGGUCGCUGCCUGUGCGUCCGACGACAGGGGCUCCCCGGUCGAGGGUGUGGCGUUGAGAGUUUGGUUCGGCCUUUUGGAAGCCGUCGGGGAAGCCGCCGUGGAGAUUUCAGACGAGCCCGCCAGUGUGACGUUUGGAGCUUUGCCCGGCGACGCUCCUGCCCUACCCUUUGUGCCUGCCUUGGUCGCUGCCGUCAGCGACAACUACACCUUCGCUUCGGCCGAGUCCGGGGCUGGGACUGCAAAGGAUCCUGUGUCGGCUCGCCUCGACAGGCUCGAGCGCAUGCUUGCUUCUCUGCCGGGGGUCCAGCCGGGCGAUCCGAAGACUUCGGCCCGUGCAAAAGGAAAGGCAGCGCCAAAGACCGCUCCCAGAAGUGGCGUCGGCCGGGGCGCUUUGGACCCUUCUGUUGCUGAGCCUCCUGCCACCCGUGCUCCCGACCCCCUGGAGGAGUCAGAGGAGGAAGCUCAGGAGGAGGCCGAUCCUCUUUCGCUCGCCGCUGGCGCUGCCGUGUCGAACAGCCUAGUUGCCCAGCCAGCCAAGGAAGCGAGCCAGGCCGAGCAGUUCGCUGCGGCGAUGUUUCGGAUGAUGGAGGGCUACUCGCGGGGCCAGGCCUCCAGGACCUCGGCGCUAGAGCGCGCUCUGGGCGGCGCAGGUGGUGGAUCGGGAGAUGGAGGCGGACUGCCCUCUGGUCGGCGCAAUGCAGCUGCCCGCCGAGCCUUGCGGGACGCCUUGAUCACAGGAUAUCACUGCCGUGAUCGAGCGGCUCAUGCAGGAGGACCUCGCCUCCUCAGCGCCAGGCGUUGGUAUGGCGCAGCAAACCAGUGCCCGAGCUUGGGUGCCUUGGACGCCCUCCGGGGCGGGUUGGUCGACCAGUGCCGUGCUCGGCUCAAUGUGAUGCUGAUGGUCAUCGACCAAAUGUCGGUGGAUCGCGGGUCGUGGACCCUUGCCGGCGAGCUGACCUUGGAGCUUCGUGGCCGGGCUUUGUUUCCAGGCGAGCUCCUUGUCCAUGCUGUUGCUCCGCCGCGCGGCCUGCUUUCGGUUGGGUUAGUCAUAGACGAUUUGGUCUAUCUCGAGAAAGCUCUCGCCUCCGACCUUCCUGCCAUCACUGCCGGGCGUGUCACCUCAACUGGACGCCGCCGUCUGGACGCCCUCCUCGAGGCCUACCGGAAAGCUCCCUUGCGUGUCUCCGACGACAAGGUUUUCUGCAACAGCACUCGUGCAAGCUUUUGGGGCGUGACGGUCUUCGGCGAGAGCGGCUGGGUGCGGCCCAACCCUGAGCGGCUAUGGCCCCUGAUCCUUAUCACCAGCCGGGUGAUCCAGCUUCAGUUGUGCACCGCCCAACUCCUCGAGUCUCUGGUCGGGUCCUGGCUCUCGAUCUUCCUUCUGCGGCGGCGGCUCCUCGCCAGCAUGGUGCACGUGUUCUCCGCCGUGCGCGGUCUGCAGCCUAAUGACAUAAUAAGGGUGUCCCGCGACUUGGCAGCCGAGCUCAGCUCCUUCAUUUUGCUGGGGCCUUUAGCCUGCGUCUGCUUGCGCGCUCCCGUCGAUGCCAACGUGACCGCCACCGACGCUUCUUCGACAUGGCAAGCUGCAGUGCGGGCGCCUGUUGCCCCCGCCGUUGCUUUGGAAGGUGUCAGGCAGUGCGUGCAAAAGGGCGCUUGGACCCGGCUGCUCGGCGACACCGCCGCUUGGCUGCGUGAAAAAGACCUCCUCGAGCCUGACCUUGAGCUGCCGGAGGGUACUGCCUACAAGGCCCCCCCUCUCUACUUGGGGCUGGCGUGUUAUCCCCGUUUCGUUGAGCUUUGGAGGAAGGAAUACCGGUCCCGUGUGCACAUCAACAUCGCCGAACUCGAAGCUUACCUGCGGGAGGAAGCUCGAGCCGGCGCUCGGAAACCGUGCCACCGCCAUCUUUUCGGGUUAGAUAGUCAGGUUGCUCUAGGUGCUGUGUCAAAAGGCAGGUCAGCCUCUCCGGCCCUGAACGAGCUCCUCUCUCAGAGCAUCGCUCCGUAUGUGGGAUUCCACAUUCUCCCGCAUCACACUUUCUUCCCUUCAUCCGUGAACCCUGCCGAUGACCCUACGCGAAAGCAGCCCGUGCGGGAGCCCACUGUACCCGCUCCCCGGUGGUGGCUUGAGCUUUGUGACGGCCGGCCGGCCGAGCUCGACAGACUCACACGUAGCCUCGGUUUUGCGGUUGAUGGUGACGGCUUCUGCCAGGAAGACUUGUUUCAACUUGGGGGACACGCUGGCUCGCUUCUUGUUAGCAGCUCUCAGCUCAAACGUGCCGUACGAGCACCCGGCGCUGGGCCCAGGGCUCCUGCCUCCUGCGUGCAGACUCGCUCUCCUCGCCUCUCCGAGGACCGGCGUGAUGCCAGCCUUCCUUCCGGUCUUGCAGCUCGCCUUGAGGCUUUUCCUUUGCGGCAGUUUGUGUGUCCUGGAAGUGUUCCUGACUUUUCGCGCCGCGGCGCCCUAGACUUGUUCUCCGGCUCCGGCGGCGUGGCUCGCGCGCUCGUCCGGAGGGGCUGCCCGUGGGUCUUGACUUUCGAGGUCGAUCGCGGUGCCUCUGAGGACCUCUCUCAGGCUGAGCUUCAGAGUGAGAUUCUCGAGCUUGUGCGGGCCGGGGCUUUCAGUGUCGUCGGCGCCUCUCCGCCCUGUGUCUCUGCCGACAAUCGCCGGGCCGCUUGGCUGAAGGCUCUUCGUGACAGCGCUACUCCAGCCGGAGCUCUCCACUGGGUCGCGAACCCUGACACCUCCUUUCUGUGGCGCCUGCCUGGCUGGGAGAAUUCUGCUGCUGCUGAUUCUCCGCACGUGUUCCGGGUUGUGCAGAUGUCGCUGCCCUUGGCGAAAACGGCUCCGAGGCUUCUCGAAGUUCCACCGCAAGCCCUGGACUUUAGCUGCCAAGAGCUUUCCCAGAGGACCGUGCCCUUGACCCUGUCGCCUGUGCCAAGCUUCCUCCUUGCUGCCGGAUCGGCGAGGCCUCCCUUCCUGGCCCUCGUCCGCCCCGCGCUCGACCGCCCAUUCCCGGUGGACUUUCCCAUGCUCCUUGCCAUGGCUCUGCGCUCCUAUGGGGAUUACCUCUACCAAACUGGUGGGUCGCUGCAAAAUUUCAGGUACACUGUCGUCGCGGCCCAGCGGCUCACGUGGGCGAUGAAAGGCCAACUCGGGCCUGCCUGGGAAAUGGUGUCUCGGUGGGAACGUGUCCAGCCGGUCGUGCACCGUACCCCUGUGCCGGAGAUUCUCGUGCGAGCACUGGUGGCUCUGGCCUGGUCGAUGAACCUGCGAGGUUGGGCCGCUGUCACUAUGAUAGCCUUUUACGGACUGGCUCGGAUCGGCGAGGUCCUGAAGACUUCCCGCGAGUGCCUCCUUCUUCCUGAUGACCACUUAGGAGGUUUCUGCGCGAUCUUUGUCAAGCUCGUUGGGCCCAAGACUGCAGGCCGCGGUGGGCCCCGCACCCAGCAUUUGAGGAUCGACUUCGCUCCCGCUGUCGAGCUGAUCUCCGCCGCCUGUGACGGCCUUACCUGGGAGGAGCCGGUCUAUCCUUUUGGGCCUUCUUCGUACAGACGGCGAUGGGACAUGCUGCCGGGGAUCCUCGGUUUGGACCGGUCGGCACUCACCCCCGGUGGGCUGCGCGGGGGUGGUGCCGUCUGGGCCUAUCACCAUGGUACAGCCAUAGCUGACAUACAAUGGCGUAUGCGGCUGAAGCACCAGCACACCUUGGUGCACUACCUGCAGGAGGUCGCCGCCCUCAACGCGCUGCUUGAAGCCGGACCGGACUCCCGCAUCCGCCUCCGACAAAUCGCUGCGCUUUUUCCUUUUGUUAUUCUCAGCAACUGA